AUGUACGAUCAGACACCGGCUGAUAUAUCGCUGCCAGCUCAAGUUAACAAUACAGAAAACGUAGGGAGAGAGUGCCACAUAAUCCCCGACACUUCUCUAUUGAAAAAUAUCGGACGUCGAAUUUCCGACGCGAUGAAGAAAUCUUUAAAGGUAAGGUGCACGCGAAAAUUCAUAGUUGGUAGGCCGAUCUACUCCGACGUUUAGGGGUGCACUCAUUAAAAUUUUAAGAUCUUCUCUUGAAAUGGGCUGAAUAUGAAUGAAUGACCUCACACUUAAUGUGAGACAUUGCAUUUCUGAGGACUGAUGAGCCAGACAGUGCAAGGAGGUGAUUGCAGACUGAUAACUAUAGUGUGUUAAAAAAUAUGAUUAUAAAGACUAGCUUUAUCAAGUUGUUGGUAUAUGAGCACAAAUUAAAUAACACAAUUCUUAUAGGAAUUAAAAUCUCAACUUCUAGAUAAGCAUUUAAAACAGGUUAUAUUGUACCACCAAAAUUAUCCACAAUGUUUUUGAUAGAGCUAGUGCCGGUAAUGAUGAAGCGGAUUGUGAGCUGUCUCAAAAGGUGCAUAUAAUGGCUUUGUGAGUCGCAUUGCACAGUGUAUAAGCCUCUUGCUCAAUUUACAAUAGCAGGCUUAACUCAGCGAUAUAAAGGAAUAUCGAUCGAAAGCGCAUGCAUGCAUGCAUGCACGCAGCACUAACGGCGCAUGCAUGAUGUAUGCACUUCCCACCUUUGCUCCGCUCGUCAUAUUUAUAUUACGUACUGGUAGGCCUACUCUUAUGCAAUAACGUCCCCAAAAAUGCUUCUGGAAUAAAUUAAGCGCUUACACGAAAAAAAAUUUCAUUUUAGGUGACUUACAUGUUGCAUUUCCUGCCUCGUUUAUUCUUGCUUGUUAUCUUUUCUGGUUAUGACACGAAAUGUGCUUUGUUUGAAAAAGCCUCAAUGGUGAAUUGUAGCCAAGAAUUUCUUGUUCCAGAACCAUUGUACUGGUGUUAUGGCUGGCUAUUUACAUCUACUUGUUCAUCUGCCAUUGUUAUAUCACUCGUCUGGAUUUACCGAAAACGAAUUGAAUAUAGUUUCAGCAUUUCAAUUAAGAAGCUCAUAAGAAAAGCAUCUUUUUGGAGAAUGAACUUCUUUCUUAGUAUUGUUUUAAUCGAGUACUCGGUAGCAUGGCAAAUCUUGGACAAAUUUCACAUUGUUUUAUAUGCAUUCUCCCUGGCGAGAUGGUAUUCAACAGCACUUGUUAUCUAUUGUUUAAAUUAUGUCAAUCCAAGUAGGAUUGCUAAUGAAAAGAAACUGUAUUAUCGAGUUGGAUACUGGCUAACUUUGUUGAUGUAUUUUGCUGAAUCUGCAAGUAUUCUCUUGCUGUAUCUGCUUAACUCGUCACUUGUCCUACCACCUGUGUUUGAUCAUACGGGUGGAGAUUAUCAAGCAUUGGUUCUUAUAGCUUUUGGAUUUAAAGUUGCUUUAAGUUCUCAAUGCUUGACAUUCUUCUUGGAGAAGAUAUUCCAUGGUGAUAAAGAUCUAUUCUCAGAGCCUGGUGAUCCUGUUGAGAUCACAUAA